AUAUAUUACAGUCUAGGGCUUGCUGCUGAAAAGCCCGCUGGAUCCUCCACUGACCUGCUGUUCUUUCCUGCUUUCCUCUUGCAUUUUUUUUUCCACAUUUAGAUUAAAAACAAAGCUCUCACUCUCUCCUCCCUACCCCAAACCUCCUCCUCCUCCUCCUUCCUCUCCUUAUUUCUGCUGCAGCAGUCAAGGCUUUAGUGUGUCAGAGAGACAGGGUGAAGAGGAGGAAAAAGAAGAGAAGGGGACUAUUUGGUAGAGAGUGAGUGUUUAUGUUUCUGUGUCACAUCAUUGGACUGCUGGGUGAAAGGGCGCAAGGACAAGAAGAGGAGGAAGAGGAGGAGUAGAAGAAGUAUAAGAGGACUGGAUUCUCUGUGUCAUGUCAGUACGUGUGGAUCUGGACUGAUCACAAGCUGAGAAAAAAAAAAAGGACAGACACUGUAAGGCAGAGAAGAAGGAGUGAAAGAGGAGGAGAAACUGACUCGGGUUUCACUGGGGAAAGGCAAAGGAGGAAGAAGUGUGGUGCUCCGUUUUAUCAUGACCCUGCUGGAUAAAGGAGUCGGUGGAGUGAGGGUUCUGCUGUGUGUCAGCGGGAAUUUGUGUUAGAAGAUAAGGACAGAGAGCAACACAGAGGACAGAAGCCAGUAAAGGAGCAGGGACAGGACUCGCUGAGUGCCAGAGCGUCUAGGUUUGUGCGUCUCUGUGCGCGUGUGCUGCUGUAACCAGGUGGAGGGCAGAGGACUGGAGGGCCAGGGAACUAACCUGGCCAUCAAACGGACUGGAAGCCUCUCCUCUCCAGGGAUCAUGUACCCUCAGGGCAGGCAUCCGGUCCCCUUGCAACCUGGCCAGUCUUUCAAGUUCACAGUCCUGGAAACUCUGGACCGAAUCAAGGAGGAAUUCCAGUUCCUCCAGGCUCAAUAUCACAGCCUGAAGCUGGAAUGUGAAAAGCUGGCCAGUGAGAAGACGGAGAUGCAGAGACACUACAUCAUGUACUACGAAAUGUCCUAUGGUCUCAACAUAGAGAUGCACAAACAGGUAGGAAAAUUAUGUUUACAAAAUUCUGAAUAUGUUUCAGCCAAAAGGUCGUUGCUGGGUUACUUGGUGGAUGUGUGCUUGAGUGUAGAGCAUGUGUAGCUCUGUAAGGAUGCA